AUGGCAGAACCUGAAGACAAAGACGAACUUCUUUUCUCAGAAGACGAAGAGCCUUCAAUCAAUCUAAACAAAGAAUUCCUGUCGACUAUCUCGUUACUGAAUACAAACAUGCUUGCUGUAAACGAGUCGCUUAAGCAAUUUAGUACCCAAAGGCACACGGCAGAACCUGCCAGAAAAAGGCCACUUUUGUCAGACAAAGAAGGCCUUAACGACCAGCAGAAUGGUCAUCAAUCAGAUGCCGAUCAACUGCUGAACCAGCAGGCGAAUAAACGGCAAAAAGUCGUUAACAACGACGGCGAAAUGGGCGCCACACCAGUAGUCGUUAACAACGACAACAAUAGCAAUGGCGGGGACGUCACAGA